UUGCAUACGAUGGUCGGACGCAUAGCAGCGUACUAGUAUUCUCGCGCGUAAACGCCUAUUUGCCGGUGGCUAGUCACAAAGUGUUGUGUUUUGCUUAUUGUGUAUGGGCACUUGCACCCGCAUGCAAUUGCAAUAUAAAAUAAAAUAAAAUCGCUCGUAGUGUAAAUGUGCUAAAAAUACGCACACAACAUUUUACAUUUCAUGUUUUUCAACGCAUUUCCAGUGUGUAAAUUUGGAAGCAAAUAAAAAAAAAAUCUGCUACACAUUAAUUGCACAAAAAUACACAAGUUGCAACAAUAUAAAAGAAACGGAAAGUAAAAUAAAACAAAAAAUAUAACGUUUUUCUAUUACAACUUAAUGUUGUUGGUGUAAAUGCAUAGCCUGAUUGCACAUGAAAUAAUAUUUUUCAUUUUAUUUAUUGAGCAACGGGUUUUAAGUAUCACAUGCAAUUUGAGUUUGCAUUUUGAACUAACGGGUUGCGUGCACAUACACAUAUAUUCAUCUAUGUAAAUAUAUAAUCCUUAUAUACAAACAUUUACAAAAAGUGCCGACGACAGGUUUGUAUAAAUUUACCUAGUCUCUGAAUAAAUGCUGACCCGUAUAUAAUUGGUUGACGAUUUAUCCUCAUGGCCAGCACUUUAUGAUAAUAUUUAGCUAAUUAUGGCGAAUAGAUGAGCAACAAACUAAGUACCGAACAUUCGCAACUUUUUACAAUUUUAUAUACAUAUAAUACAUAAAUAAAUUGUUUGAGAAAAGAUCAAUCUAAACAAUAAAUCUCCUCGAAAAGUAGUACAAAGCAUGGUACUUAAGGACAUACACGUCCGUGAAAAUAUCAAUAUGGAUAAUCAUCGUACGACAACAACACUUACCAAUACCACGCCGACAACAACAUUCACGACGCGUCGUGGUUACACCUUUUCGGGUACAACACUCUUUCUGAUCGCCGCCUGUUUUGUAUGCACGCUACUUGCGGUCAGUUUCAUCAUAUUCAAUGUGGCAACGUGUGAACAACAGCUUACACCAUUGCCGGAUGAGGAAGUCAUUUGUACGACGGUAAAGAAGCAUAUACUGAAGUCCAGCAGCACAACUGAUGAAGCUAAAGAGCAAACACACUACGAACGUGACGUACGCCUGCCGCGUUCGCUGAAGCCGCAGAAAUAUAAUAUAUCCCUUGUGCCAUACCUACUCAAUAAUAAUUUCACAUUCGAAGGGGAGGUACACAUUCAAGUGAUUGUACUGGAGGACUGUCAUAACAUUACCAUGCAUGCCAUCGAUUUGAAUAUCACCAAAAACGAUGUAUCCGUGCGACAUAUUGGCAGGUCAACGGCAACGUCGGCAUUGCAGCCGGCUUUGGCAGAGCAUGCUCGGUAUGUACCGGAAAUUGAUGGCGUAGAACUGAGGAUACGAAAACAAUACAUGCUCGAGAGCAAGCAGUUCUUCAUCAUCGAACUGUAUGACAAACUAAUAAAGGGUGGCGUGUACGAGAUAAGCAUCCGGUUCAGUGGUCUAAUACAGGAUUAUCUGCAGGGCUUCUAUCGCAGUUCGUAUCAAGUGGGCAACGAAAAGCGUUGGCUGGUAUCUACGCAGUUUCAAGCCACUGAUGCCAGGCGAGCGUUUCCCUGCUUCGAUGAGCCGUCGUUGAAAGCAAACUUCUCACUGAAAAUAGCUCGACCACGUAACAUGACCACGGUGUCUAAUAUGCCUAUCGUUUGGACAAAACCACACGAGUCUCUCUCGAACUAUGUAUGGGAUCAAUUCGCUGAAAGUCUACCUAUGUCUACAUAUUUAGUAGCCUACGCCAUUUCGGAUUUCGAUCACAUUUCCGACGGCAACUUUUCCGCGUGGGCGCGAAAAGACGCAAUUCAAUCGGCGAGUUAUGCGCUAAGCGUUGGUCCGAAAAUUUUAAAAUUCCUGGAAGAAUAUUUCGAUUUGCCAUUCCCACUGCCAAAGCUCGAUAUGAUAGCGCUACCCGAUUUCCAAGCUGGUGGGAUGGAGAAUUGGGGUUUGAUCACCUACAGGGAGACUACAAUGCUUUUCGAAGAAGGCGUCUCCGCUACAACUAACAAACAACGCAUUGCCAGUGUUGUUGGACACGAAUUGGCUCAUCAAUGGUUUGGCAAUCUGGUAACACCCAGCUGGUGGUCGGAUAUUUGGCUAAAUGAGGGAUUCGCUAGUUAUAUGGAGUACAUAACAGUUGAUGCCAUUCAUCCGGAUUGGAAAGUUCAGGAUCAAUUUGUGGUUAGCGAACUGCAAAAUGUUUUCCAUUUGGAUGCGCUGUCAUCAUCGCACAAAAUUUCGGUGGAGGUCUUUAAUCCGGAUGAAAUUUCAGAAAUUUUCGAUCGUAUCUCUUAUGGCAAAGGUUCGACCAUUAUACGCAUGAUGAGCCACUUUCUAACUUCUAAAGUCUUUCGACGGGGUCUGAGCAAGUACCUAAAGGAAAUGUCCUAUAAUGCCGCCGAGCAGGACGACUUAUGGCGCUUCCUAACAAAUGAAGCAAUUUCCGCAGGUUUACUUGAUCGCAAUACCACCGUUAAAGAAAUCAUGGAUACGUGGACUUUACAAGUGGGUUAUCCUGUACUCACCGUUACACGCUCUUCAAAUGCACACGCCAUACAUAUGGAACAACAACGUUUCGUAUUUUCAAAUCAGUCGGAUGAUGGCGAUUCCAACAAUGAUGAUAAUCCACUUUGGUGGAUACCUAUCACAUACACCACAUCAAGGGAAUUGAAUUUCGAAAACACACGUCCGAUUACGUGGGUGCCGCGCAGUGAAACCUACGAAAUUGAUGAUCGUAAUCUUUCGACAGCCGAAUGGUUCAUUUUCAAUAUCCAACAAACCGGUUACUAUCGCGUCAACUAUGAUGCCGAUAAUUGGAAAGCAAUUACAACACAUCUUAUGCAGCCGCAAAAAUAUAGAAGUAUUAGUCCUGCUAAUCGCGCACAAUUAAUAGAUGACACUAUGAAUUUGGCGCGCGGCGCAUAUCUGAGUUACGAAACGGCAUUGAAUCUAACGCGUUAUCUCAAACAUGAAAUGGAUCAUGUGCCCUGGAAGGCGGCCAUGACGGCAUUUAACUUUAUCGACUCGAUGUUGGUGAAUCAGGGAGACUACGAUAUAUUGAAGAACUAUCUUUUGGAUCUGCUGGAAAAUGUCUACAAAGACGUUUCACCGAAUAAUUUCACCGAUGAUGCCGAUAAGGGCGAAGAUAUGCUCAAACUAUUCAAACGUGUGGAAAUUUUAAAUAUGGCCUGCCAUUUGGGACAUCGUGACUGCAUUUUAGAAAGCGCGCGCCACUUCCAAAAUUGGAUAGAGGUACCCAACCCGGAUACCAAUAAUCCUAUACCGCCAAACCUACGCGGCAUCGUUUAUUGCACGGCAAUACAAUAUGGCAACGAAUUUGAGUGGGACUUUGCAUUCCAGCGCUAUCGCAGCACGUCGGUUUCAACGGAAAAGGAAUUGCUGCUCAGCGCAUUGGGCUGCUCGCUCGAGCCAUGGAUCUUGUCGCGCUACCUGCGGCGCUCAAUUAGUGGCGAGGACAUACGCAAACAGGACGUUUACAGGGUGUUCGCGGCGGUGUCGAGCAAUGUGGUGGGCCAGCAGAUCGCCUUCGACUUCAUGCGCAACAAUUGGAAUGAAAUCAAAACUUACUUGGGUUCAACAAUGUCCAAUAUAAAUGCGAUACUGAAAUACGCCACAAAACGCAUGAAUUCGAAAUUUUUCCUCGCCGAGUUGGAAUCGUUCAUCAAAACCGAUGUCAAGGAUAACGGCCGUUCCAUACAACAAAUUCUCGAACAGGUGCGUGUAAAUGUGGACUGGAUGGCACGGAACUACCAUGACAUCAUACAGUGGCUGCAACGCGAGGCAACCACAAGACAACAACAAAACGGUGCUACAGCAGCGAUUCAUUAAGUCUCCAGCGGUGUUUUUUUUUAUCGAGAUUUUGUGUAUUAUUUUAUUGUUGUAAAAUACAUGCAAAAUGUCAUUUCGUGUGCACUUUGUUGUUGCAGGCUGAUGAUGUCGUACAUUUUCAAGUAUUCUAUGGUAUGUAUGUUUGUAAAAUUUUGCAGCGUGUGUGCCCGCCAAUUAAACAGAAACAAUUUUCUUACACACAUAUUUAUAAGUAAAUUGUGCAUAUAUAUACCCACAUACACACACAAAUGUGUGUGUUACGCUAAAAUAUUUACAAAACAAAUAUGAAAUUUUGUCAUAAUUACACAAGUCAGUCUGCUAACAUGCGUACAUACAUACACACAGUUGCAUAUAUAUUAUAUGGUUAGUCUUUAAAAAUGUUUUAAGCAACAAAUUAUGAAUAUUAUAUUUUAGCUGUAUUUUUAUUUAACUUAUGUUUAAUGUGAAUGUGUAAAGUGUGUACUUAAUAUAAAUGAGAAACA